AAAUAAACCACUGAGCUCGUUGCUUCCGUCUCCCUCCCUCCUCCAGUCCUCCUCCUCUCUCGCCCACCACCACCAUUAUAUUCUCCUCGGCCCACACCUUCCUCCCAACAAUUCCCCCCAUCCUCCACACCACACCCGUCUCGUCCUAGCUCCCUACUCCUCCCGCUCGCCACUCCUCCGCCCCAGCUCUGCUCGCCCUCGACCGCGGGUCGUCAGGAAGGGCCUUCAGGAACGGGAUUUUUACCUAGGAGCCAAUUUGGUUUUUUAAAUCGCAGAUUGGAUUGGGUUCAGGGAUGAAGGGGGAGGAGGGGCUGCAUCACCUGGCCCGGUUCCCAUCUCUCUGAACUUAGAUGGAUGCAUCUGUGAAGUCCAAGAAGGUUAGCUCUUGUGGAAACACCGGUCAUAGCCGCUGCGGCGAAGUUCAUAAACCCGUCCUGCCGUGUCGCAUGCGGGAUCGCUGCUUAAAUAGAAAUAAUCCCUUCUCACUUCAGGUCUGGUUUGCAUUUCCUUUUAAGUAUAAAAGCAACUGUAUUCGGCAUGGCAUUUGAGUAAGCAUCAGAACCUCAAAAGCCAAGUUUGUCAGCAAUAUUAUACCGUUAUUGGUGCAACACUUCCAUAGAGAAGAUGGUGGAUGACCUGUUUUAUGAGGGCAACACUGAUCACAGCGUCAGCUCUGAGGACGAAGACACACUUGUCAGGAGUUGUAGUAAUCUCAGCGUAAGCUUUGGAUAUCAUUGCAAUUCUUAUCAGAGUUUUCCUCUUGAAAAUGAUGAGCAUGACACCUCUCCCCAGAUGAGGUUUGAAACUAAUGCCAUGACGAAGUCACGAAAUGGCUCAUUUACUUGCUUAUCUGGUGCCGCAAUUAGUGCAAACUUCACACUGGCCAAUACAAAUAUAUGCAAGGGUCUUAUUGGGGAAGAAAUUUUACCAGAACUAGAUUCUCCAAAUUCUUUCAGAAAAAUCGUCUCUUCUCCAUCCAUGUCAAGGUUGGACUUGCUAUCCACCUCACAAGGCAGCCCUGCAUCAACUGAGAGCUCCAUAUUUGAAAUCAGUAAAAAUCUUUGGAGGUCCAGCGCUCCAACAACUGUAUCAUCCAAUUUUCUGACUGGUACCGAGGUAAAGAUGGCUGGUGGAGCUGCUGGAGAGGAUAGAGUCCAAGCUGUGUGCUCUGAGAAAAAUGGAUGGUUGAUUUGUGGAAUUUAUGAUGGAUUUAAUGGACGAGAUGCAGCUGAUUUUCUGGCAGUAACUCUAUAUGAUAACAUAGUAUAUUACCUAUACUUGUUAGAGUGCCGUAUCAAGCAACAAGAUGGCCUAUGCAGCUCAUCAGAGGACUCCCUUAAUGGUGUUAAAAGUGAGUUGACAUUAGCCAUGGAAAUUGCAGAGAAUGAAGAUGUAAAACUUUCUGAAAGUUUUCGAUCUGGUGUGCUGAAUUGCCUCACUUCUGCUGUUGAGCAAGCUGAGAAUGAUUUCUUAUGCAUGGUUGAACAAGAUAUGGAUGAUAGACCAGAUUUAGUUUCAGUUGGAUCUUGUGUCCUGGUUGUGCUUCUUCAGGGAACAGAUUUGUGCAUUCUAAAUCUUGGGGAUAGUAGAGCUGUGCUUGCUUCCAUGCCAUAUGCAGAAAUGGAUACAGUGAAAGCUACUCAAUUGACAGAGAUCCACUCACUUGAAAAUCCAUUGGAAUACCAAAAAUUAUUAGCUGACCAUCCUAAUGACUCUAAAGUUGUGAUGGGUAACAAAGUAAAAGGGAAGCUGAAGGUUACUCGUGCUUUUGGAGUUGGCUACCUUAAACAGAAAAAGUUCAAUGAUGCACUGAUGGGAAUUCUCCGAGUUCGUAAUUUGUGCAGCCCGCCUUACGUAUAUACAAAUCCACACACACUGAGUCACAAGGUUAUGGAAGACGAUCUGUUUGUUGUGCUUGGCAGUGAUGGCUUAUUUGAUUUCUUCAGUAACGAUGAAGUUGUUCAGUUGGUUUAUCAAUUUAUGCAUGAUAAUCCAACUGGCGAUCCUGCAAAAUAUCUCAUCGAGCAAGUUGUACAUAAAGCUGCCAAAGAAGCAGCUUUAACAGCUGAACAGCUUAUGAGGAUACCUGUUGGGAGCAGGAGAAAGUACCAUGACGACGUGACUGUCAUUGUUAUCAUCCUUGGGAACGCACGAAGGACGGCAGGAGUAGUCCAGAAUCGGAGAGAGAUAGAGGGCGUCAAUGGACGUGUUCAUCCACGAGGACUACGUGAACAAGCGCAACAUGGUGAGGAGGGAGCAGAGGAAGAAGAUGCAGAUGCAGGUGCUGCAGCUUGGCAGCCCAGGCGCGUGCCGGCCGCCGCCGGCGCACGGGGAAGACAGCCCGGGAGCGGGAGCGCCGAGGCAGUGCCUGACGCCAACCGGCAUCUCACCGUCGUCCAUCAUCAGGUCUCCGUUAUCAGGCUCGUCGGAAGAAGCCGUCUCAUCGGAUCACCGCCGCCUCUUCGAUUGCCUGAGGCCGUACUAGGCAACCGAGGUUAUGUGUGAGGUUAAAGAAUAAACGUGGGGUUCUUCUGAUGGUGAAGCUUGUUGCAACCCAUUUUUGUGCUCGUAUUUCAGCUAUGUAUGCAUGGGCCGUUACAAGAUGAACCCUUGUGAAGAGUGUUGCCUGCUAUGAACAACUACAGCUUUUGGAAUGGAUUGUGUUAGUGCA